UCCUGAUCCCUUCCACUCCACAACAAAGUAUCGCGAGAUCACAAGUAUCACCUGACGUCGAUAUGGCUGCUGUACAGAAACUGCAAAAGUGUGCAGUGUCUCAGACUGGACAACACACCGCAUCUGUCAUUUUUCUUCAUGGCUCAGGAGACACCGGUCAGGGAUUACGAGCAUGGGUUCGUGAUGUUCUCACACAAGACAUGGCGUUUGAGCAUAUCAGAGUGAUCUACCCCACAGCUCCAGCAAGGCCAUACACACCCAUGCAAAGGGCACUGUCUCACGUAUGGUUCGACCGUUACAAAAUCUCUCGUGACUGCCCAGAGCAUUUGGAGUCUAUUGAAGAAAUGUGCAGUAAUUUAGGAGCUGUAGUCCAAGAUGAGAUCCAAGCUGGUUUACCUAAGCACAGGAUGAUUAUCGGCGGCUUCUCUAUGGGAGGAGCCAUGGCAUUACAUCUGGCCUGCAGGUACCACCAGGAUGUGGCUGGAGUCUUUGCGAUGUCCAGCUUCCUUAAUAAGGGCUCAGUUGUCUAUCAAGCUGUUGAAGAUGCAAAAGGACAUCACCUACCAGAGCUUCUCCAGUGUCAUGGCACUGCUGAUGAGCUGGUGUCGCAUACCUGGGGCGAAGAGACCAGCAGGUUGCUGAAGAAAGCUGGCAUGGCUACCUCCUUUCACUCAUUCCCAGGCCUAAAUCACCAGCUCUGCCGGCCUGAGUUGGAACUCCUACGUUCAUGGAUCCUGCAGAAGCUUCCAUCUGAAAGCUCUUUCACUGCCAAAUCCUGAGUGGUAAAAACAUUACUGUUUUUCUCUGCAUAAACUGAUUUUUUAAUAAAUUGUUCUAUUUCUUGUCUAUGUAGACAUGCAGCAUUUUUUUAUUUCCUAUGAAAUAAAGAUGUGUCUUAUAAACUGCUGAAUACAUUGCACCUGCUAUCGAUAAUUUGUUUACUAUACAACAUAUUUAACUUGGAAAAUCAUCCAUGUGUAUAAGUGUGGGUUAAUACAGCAAUAAAAACUUCCUUUGGUUUGUGCUCUCUGUACAUGUGUUGCCCUUGAAAAUCUGCAGUUAUUGUGCACAUUUCCCAGCUGGCAGCAGGAACCACAUUAAAGUGUUGGCUGAAACAGUGCCGCUGUGCUGGGAUGGCUGUUUUACCGAGCCUGCUUUCACUCACUAUAGUUGUGGUCAGGCUGGAGCUGCAGGUAAAACUAUCACACCAGAAAGCAGGAAUGCCACUCAGCUUUGUGGUCUGAAGUUGGAUUCCUACCCAUUUGACACCCUUUCCGUUUCCUGCAGGCUUGUAGUAGAUCCCUUGUCUUUACUUUUUCUUUUUUUCCCCAUAAGCACCAAAUCUCGCUCUUUCUAUUGAAAUCUGUUAAACAUGUGUUUGGAGCACUGGGCUGUUUGCUCAGUGGACUCAGGCUACAGCACAUAUUGCUUUAUUAAUGGUUAUUGGGCUGAAAUAGUUAGCAAUUUCACUGUGUUUUGUUUGAAGUUGUGUUGACCUUUCGCUCAGAUUAUGCAGGGGGGCCACAGUGCACCUAUCCAGACUUUUAAGAAGCCCAGACAAACUGAAAUUGACACAGUGGUGAUGGACUGUGUACAAGUAUGUUUAUAUGAAAAUGAGUAAGGGAAUUGUGUAAUGAGUAAGCUUGAUGAUCUGCAGUUUCUCUCCUAAAUGGCUGCCUUUAGAAGGUUCGAACUUAUCAAAUAAACUAUUACAUCACAAGAUGACAUAUUAGAGGGUGGUAUUAUUGAUUUUAAUCACAAACUUCUAUAUACAAUAAAACAACUCUUUUAUUAAUUAUAAAGCAAUUUAUGAUUUCUAAUCCAGGGUAAAUAAAAUAUGAGCCGACAGAAGUGCAACUAAACUGAAAUUAUUACCUAGAUUGGUUUACCAUUAAUAAAAAAACUAUUUUGUGCUUCAUUAUAUCACUUUUAUGUCUGAUUUAUUGCAUGUAUGUAAAAACCAAAUGUCCAAAACUGUUUGGCAGGUGAGUGCCAUGUUUUACAAUGCCAGUAAUAUCUGUGUAAGUGAAAUAAGCCUUGAUAUGGUAAAUAGUGCAUCACUGCAUGAGCCCUCAAAUGUCCUAUGUUUUCUGGUGUAUGUGUGUAUUGUAAUACUAUGUAUUACAUCUAUAACCGGACAAGAAAACGAUCAAUUAAAGCACAGUGUAAUACUA